UACACGAACUUUAGGUAUACCUAUCAGUAUGAACUAGUGAUAGGCGGUUUAUUUAGCAAUGGUCUGUGUUCGUAAAGACUCUGAACAGCCCCCAUAAAUCUUAACGCUAUUGUAACGCACUCUUUCUCCGUCGGGGAGGUACAUUCUGUUACUAACGAUACACAGAUAGCGUUGCUAUGAUGCCAUUUUGGAUUUCCAUAUCUGGUUACCCUGAGCCAUUGUCGUAUUUGAUUGCGUUCGGCGAUUAGACGAAGUCAUCUCCCCUGACAACUGUGUUCAGUCAAGAUCGACACAAGUCACUGAACUAUAUGCCAGAGUUCUGUAGACUUGACUGUUCGACUCGCGGGAGGACAGAAGUGGUCCUUACUACAGAUGAUGAUGUCAUCUUCAGAGGGUUUGCAGACCUAUCAUGAUCUUUGCCUGGAUCACAGAGUUGAGAUGUUUCUGGAGAAGCAGAUUGGACAGUCUGUGGAACUGGACUUCUACAAUCAAUACAAGAUGCUCAAACCUUGUUCUGUGAGGCCAUCUGUGUCUGACUCUGCUCUCCUCACCAAUGGUCUUAGAAUUCAUGAAAGUGUUGACAUGUACAUUACUGCUGCAAGAAAACUGGAUGAAAUAAGGAGAAAGAAGUUUCCCUUUCUCACCACAGGAAUUGCGUUCAAAUGUUCAUAUAACCCUGGGAAGUCUUUCUCUGACUCUGAUCUAUGUCUUGUCAUUACAUCCGACAGCAGUAUCAGCCUCCAGUCCAGCUCAAGUGUGAGUGUGAACCAUGGACAGGAACAGGAAGACUUUGAACCACAGCCAGGACCCAGUGGUUAUGUGCCUGAGGCAGGAAGAUUUAAGAACUUGAAGCCUCAGUCUGGUCCUAACUGUUCUGGAUGUUCUAGCACACACUCUCUGUACAGUACAGAAAGUGAAGUGAAUGUCUUCUUCGAUGAGUACAUGGUCAAUAUGCAUGAUAUGAAUGCCCACAACUGGGCUGACUUUGAUGAUGAUCACUCAGUGUCCGCUGUGUCCAGUCAGGAAUCUAACCUAUCUGCUGUAUCAAGUGUUUUGUCAUUGCACAUGGACUACAACCAGUGGGACUGGAAUGAGAAAGAUGAACUUGUUGGGCCUCUUGGUGACGAUGGAUGGGCAAUUGGAGCAGCAGAGGUUAUCAUUGAUGUUGAUGACACUCUUGAGUUCAACACACAAUAUCCUUCUCUGCAAACUCAGAGUGAGAGACAAUCUUCCGAUGUUCCCCACAGGACACCCAGUGAGUCAAUGUUGUGUGACAGGAAGAGGAAAUACUAUGAUGAGCUGAUGAGUGAUGGUGAUCAUCCCAGGAAGAGGCCACGAGCAUCUGUCAGUGACACAGCAGUGCCCAGUCCUCCUCAAGAUCCAGAGGCACCACACCUGCCCAGAAGAACUAUAAGAGCAGUUCGUCGCAGGUUACCCAGAGAAUGAAAUGAGUGUUAUGUACAAUGAACAUGAGUGUUUUGUUUGUGACUGUCUUGUGCUAUGCUGUAAACGUUGUAAAAUGUUAUGGUCUUCAUCAGUGUUCCUUGUGUUGUCUGCAAUUCUUGUAAACCAAGGCAAACCCUUAUAGUCAUAAACCACUCUGUUUAUCAAUGGUCAAAUUAUAACCAGAUCUAAAGGGUAUUAUGUCAGGUUACUCCCAGUGAUAUAUACCCUGGCGAUCUUGGGGAGCCAUGUAAAGACCACUUAACCUCGAAAAUGCCCCAGACGUCCCUAUUACCGUUUAGGUAACUCUGAACUGUGACCAGACCACACAGUUCAUGGGUCUGCUUUCCCUGUACUGUAGAAGGCUCAGAUCUAUAUAACUUUUCGAGGCCGUUUCGACUCCCCCAUAAGUCUAGGUAUCCCUGAAGCUGGUCUGCGCCACGACCACUAGCCACUCAAAGGUAGGUCGUGAUGGACUUCCUGGUCAUUCAAAGUAUCCCUUGUUCUGGAUCUCCUUCAGCCACCGAUCUGUGCCGAAACAUGCGCUAUAGUGGAGGAGGAUGUGGAGGCAGAUUAACCAUUGGUUUAUUUGGACAACGUAUAUCCACCAACUAAAACAAAUAUGUAUCAGAAAGCGGUACUUUGGCUGAUUGUAGUAAAGACAGCUAAUUUUUACCCUUCUGGACAGAUAUGCUGUAAACAAAUUUUGACAUACUGUAACAGUUUGUUCUCACAGAAUUCAACCUCGUUUCCAAAAGAAUGUAUCCCCACUCUUGCUAUGUAUUAGUCACUAGGACCACAUACUAGCUACGGGAAUAUUAUCAUUAUCAAAUCUUUAAUCUCACUUUUAUCACGCGGGAAAUGCCCAUUUGAAAACUUACUAAAUUUCCUUGACAAGUAAAAUAAUACAUUUAAGGACUGAUCUGGUAUGAAUUCAAAAGGAAAUCAGGGGAGUAAGGCUUUCUAUCUCAGGAAUAGUUAGGAUUUACACCAUAGCCCUUUGAAUGGAACAAAGCACAAUCGGUCAUAUUCUUGAGAUACAAAAUAAAUUAAUACAACUUGAGACAUAAUAAAAACUUGCUUUGUUCUAUAUAUUCUUACUGAUAUCUAGAGUCAAACGUUUGCAUAAUACAUAGUACUUUGUGUAAAACAACUAAGUACAAUAUAUCUCAUCUUCAGAUACCUUUUUUUCAAAGGUGAUCAAUACCAGUUGUCUUUGUUAACUGUAUAAUAAACUGUUUUGUACUUAA